AUGUUGCCCCAUUCACUAGAAGAGGACUUGCCAGAGCUCAACGCCAUCCUAGCUCCCCCACCAUUAAUGGCGACAGGUACAAAUGACUCUCUUCGAAGAUCACCGCGAAAGAAAACCACAACCACAUCAUAUAUCGACAAGUCUCCGAAGAAGAAACUGCGAGGUAUCGCCAGUCCAAAGAAACCAGCACCCAUCAGCUCUCUCAAAUCGUCGACAGACACUAGGUCUCUCACCAUAUCAACAGGCUCGGCCAAGGUACCUCCAUCCAUCGUAGACAGCACUCCUCUUCUGCCUUGUCAUUCGACAGUGUUUCCGAGCACCACCACUUCCAGCAAUCGUCACUCACCUGCCACGGGCCAAAGAAGUCUCACGCUCGCCCAUGUUGACACCUUCCUUCUCCCUUUGAAGGCCACGGCACUGGAGGAACAAUGUUCCGAUACAAUCGUUCCUCGCUCACUGACGAAGGCUGGACGGUUGCGAGUUUUGGAUGACAAGGACCGAUCAAUGAUGUCUCUCAUGACAGAAACAGCGAGAGAAUCGAAUGCAAAACGUGUACCUCAGAAGAUGAUCCAAGCGUCCGCCGACGCAGGCCGAUUUGUCUUGAAGGAAGCCCGAUGUAACGAUGACGAAGACGACUCCGUUGAUGAAGACGAUGAGGAUGAGGACACCGAUUUGAGCGGGUUUAUUGUGGACGACGAUGCUGAACUUAGCUAUCAUAGCUCUUCAGCAACAGAGCCGGACGAUAGUGAUGGAAGGAAACAGCUCAAGAAUGUUCCUCGACCAGCUCCACGACGAAGACUUCAACGAGGAUUGCCUAAUCGAAGAGUGACAGAUUCCUCUGACGAAGAAUCUGAUUCACACAAAGAGGAACAUCUGGGGAAAGUGCUGUCGAAAGCUUUUGAAAAUAUCCGUUUGAAUGAGGGAGGUGCGCACGAAACGAGGGAAAAAGAGAUCGAAGUGAUUGAUCUCACUUCUUCUCCGAGUAAUGUACCUGACCUUGAUUUGAACACACGCCGUGGCCCGAUCUCACAUCAACCUCCAGUCUCUCGUUCAGUGAAAAGGGCCUCAGACAAUUCACAUCCUUUUGAUGAGUUCGAUGGCAUCCUCAAGAUGGCUCCUCCGUCCUCAAAGCCCACGCUUCGGAUUCCAUCGAAAGCCAUGUCGCCUCAGGGACCCAUCGACCUCGACGGCACAGAGGACGCGGACGGAUCAGCCGAGGUGACGGAUGAUCGCUUCAGAACGCCGCCAGCCACUCCUUCCCGAUUGCUAUCCAAACCGAGGUCACCAUCGAAGCUCUUGUCUCCGUCAAAGCGACAGCAUAUUCCUCAGUCACCCCAUCGUCAGAGUAUGGAUGCGUUUUGGGAUCAUAAUGUGAUCAACGAAUGGAACGAUGAGUUCUCUCCGCAGAAAGCACCCGCGACGUCCCCGAGAAAGCGUGGACUUGCCCGUUUUCCAAAUUGGUCAGACUCGGAGGAAGAGAAGGAACAAGAAUAUCCAGGCAGUUCAGAUUUGCUUCCCAGUCCCUGUUCUUCACCGAGGAAGUCGCGGUCACCAACUAAGCGUCCACAGAAAGAGGAGAAGAGACAGCUGUUAGAAGAGAAACGGGCAGCUCUAUCGCAGAAGAAGGACUUCGAUGCCCGAAAGAAGCAACUUGCCGUCGAUUUGCUGUAUGAACUUGACACAAAGGUUGCCAAUUCACAACUCGGAAAACUGGCAUCCAGUACUGGUGGUGUUCAGAUAAAAUGGUCCAAAACUCUUCGGUCCACAGCCGGCAGAGCAAACUGGAAAAGAUCCGUCAUCAAACCGUCAGGGUCACCGGUUAAAGACACGGAGCAGAUCGGUCCCGGAGUGACAGUCCAGCAUUACGCGACUAUCGAGUUGGCCGAAAAAAUCAUCGACUGCGAAGGUCGACUAGUCAAUACUCUGGCUCACGAGUUUUGUCACUUGGCAAAUUUCAUGAUCAGCAAUGUCCGCGACCAACCGCACGGGGCCUCAUUCAAGAAAUGGUCGGCGAAAGUGACGGCCCACCUCCGACAGAGCGACGUUGAUAUCUGGCGCCAGGUCAACGUCACCACCAAACACAACUAUGUGAUCAACCACAAAUAUCUGUGGGUGUGUAUAGGCAGGGACAGGACGCGCACCAUGGACUUUCUCAACCUGGAUGAAGAUGAAGGCUGCGGGGCAGAGUACGGUCGGCAUAGCAAGAGUAUCGACACCGAGAAGCAUCGAUGUGGUAGGUGUAAGGGACGCCUACUUCAAGUGAGGCCAAGGCUGAGAGCAAGUCCGCGGAAGAAAUUGAGCGAAGAGAGCGCGGGGACUUCUUCAAGUUCGAGUUUGGCUUCGAGGAGCACAAGUGCGAGUGGAUCGGGGAGUGUCUUGGGCAGCAUGAUCGAGACAGUGGUGUUGAGUGACUGA